UCCGUAGAUAAAUACUGUAGUGCGCAUGCGUGGCGAAUGGACGAGUUUUUCUUUCAGCUUUUCAAACAAAUGUGCUCCAAAUGUGAUCGUACGCGCGUUUAAUUUACUUUUUUGUGUAAAUUAAAAAAAUAUAAUAAAAAAUCAUGAAAUCCAGGUUCACCACGGUGGAUAUCAGGGCCGUGAUUGCCGAAAUAAACGCAAAUUACAUUGGGAUGAGAGUGUACAACGUGUAUGACAUCGACAACAAGACGUACCUUAUCCGACUACAAAAGCCUGACUCUAAAGCCGUUCUGCUCAUAGAGUCUGGGACGAGGAUCCACUCCACGGACUUCGAAUGGCCCAAGAACAUGAUGCCUUCAGGGUUCGCCAUGAAAUGCCGCAAACACCUGAAGUCGCGGCGUCUGACUCAGGUGAAGCAGCUGGGCAUGGACAGGAUCGUGGACAUCCAGUUUGGCUCUGACGAAGCGGCGUACCACCUCAUUAUAGAGCUUUAUGACAGGGGUAACGUCAUCCUGGCGGACUACGAGUACACGAUCCUGAACCUGCUGCGCUUCCGUGCGGCCGACGCCGAGGACGUGAAGAUCGCCGUGAGAGAACGCUACCCUGUGGAGAACGCCCGACCCCCAGAACCUCUCAUGAGCCUUGAGCGACUGACAGAAAUCCUGAGGGAAGCACCAAACGGGGAGCAGCUGAAGAGAGUGUUGAACCCUCAUCUGCCAUAUGGAGCUACCCUGAUCGAACACUGUCUUAUUGAAGCUGGACUGCCCGGCUCUGCUAAAGUCGACAACAAGGUGGAUGCUGCAGAAGUGGCUCCUACAAUCCUCAAAGCUCUGGAGAUGGCCGAGGUCUACAUGGAGAAGACGGCGAACUUCAGCGGCAAAGGUUACAUCAUUCAGAAAAUAGAGAAGAAACCAAGUCUGACCCCGGGUAAACCCACUGAAGAACUGCUCACAUAUGAUGAGUUCCACCCUUUUCUCUUCAAGCAGCACGCCCAGAGCCCACACCUGGAGUUUGAGUCUUUUGACAAGGCGGUGGAUGAGUUCUUCUCUAAGAUGGAGAGCCAGAGGAUUGACAUGAAGGCCCUGCACCAGGAGAAACAGGCUAUGAAGAAGCUGGAGAACGUCAAGAAGGACCACGAGCAGAGGCUGGAGGCGCUGCACCAGGCUCAGGAGGUGGACCGUGUGAAGGGGGAGCUGGUGGAGAUGAACCUGCCCGUGGUGGACCGGGCUCUGCAGGUGGUGCGCAGCGCUCUGGCCAAUCAGGUGGACUGGACCGAGAUCGGGGCCAUCGUGAAGGAGGCGCAGGAGGCCGGGGACCCUGUGGCCUGUGCCAUCAAAGAACUCAAACUACAGACCAACCACAUCACCAUGCUGCUCAGGAACCCGUACAUAACUGAGGAGGAUGAAGAGGAGGAGGAGGAGGUGGUGGUGGAGGAGAAGGGGAAGAAAGGCAAAAACAAGAGUCAGAAGAAGCUCCAGAAGAACAAGCCUGUGCUGGUGGACGUGGACAUCGGCCUGUCUGCCUACGCCAAUGCUAAAAAGUACUAUGACUUUAAACGGACUGCCCAAAAUAAAGAGAAGAAAACCAUAGAGGCGGCAGAUAAGGCCAUGAAAUCUGCAGAGAGGAAAACCCAACAGACGCUAAAAGAAGUUCAGACUGUCACCACUAUUCAGAAGGCUCGGAAGGUGUACUGGUUUGAGAAGUUCUUGUGGUUUAUCAGCUCUGAGAACUACCUGGUGAUCGCAGGACGAGACCAGCAGCAGAACGAGAUGAUCGUUAAGCGCUACCUCAGAGCCGGUGAUGUUUACGUCCACGCUGACCUCCAUGGAGCCACGAGCUGUGUCAUCAAGAACCCCACAGGAGAGCCCAUCCCCCCUCGCACCCUGACUGAGGCGGGCACCAUGGCUGUGUGCUACAGUGCCGCCUGGGACGCCAAAAUCAUCACCAGCGCCUGGUGGGUCCACCAUCACCAGGUGUCCAAGACGGCGCCCACAGGAGAAUAUCUGACCACUGGAAGCUUCAUGAUCAGAGGAAAGAAGAACUUCCUCCCUCCAUCUUACCUGAUCAUGGGCUUUGCUUUCCUCUUCAAGGUGGACGACGAGAGCGUGCUCCGGCACAGAGGAGAGCGUAAAGUGAAGACUCUAGAGGAGGAUCUGCAGGACGUCUCAUCCAGGACUGAGGAGCUUCUAGAGGAGCACGAGGACGAGCUGGAUGGUGGGGACAGCAGUAACGACGAGCAGGAACAGAAGGAGACUGAACCAGGAGACGACUCAAGAGGAGAGCCCGCAGAGGUCCGCCAGGAGGACGGAGAGGACGCCAACGAGGAGGAAGACGAGGAGACGAGGACACAGGAAACCAAGGAGGAGACAGAGGAGAUGAAGACAGAGGAAGCAGACGAAGAAGAAGAAGAAGAAGAAGAAGAAGAAGAAGAAGAGAUCAGCUUUCCAGACACCACCAUCUCCCUGUCACAUUUACAGCCCAACAGAAAUGUGCCAAACCCCAGCUUUAAAACAGAAGCCGUGCCUAAGGUUGAAAGUGACUCACAAGGACGAAAACACAUGACGGCCAAACAGAGGAGGGAGGAAAAGAAGAAAAAGCAGAAGCAGGACGGGGAGGAUGUCGAAGUGAAAGAGAGGAACGAGGGCUCGACCGGAGAGAGGAAUGAGGAGCGGAAGGAGAAAGGAGGAGGAGGAGGAGGAGGAGGAGGACCCGCACAGCAGCCACUCAAGAGGGGGCAGAAGAACAAGCUGAAGAAAAUCAAAGAGAAGUACAAGGACCAAGACGAAGAGGACCGAGAGCUCCGCAUGCAGCUGCUGGGGUCUGCAGGCAACAAGGAGGACAAGGACAAAGGGAAAAAAGGUAAGAAGAAGGACGAGCCGGUGAAAAAGGGUCCCAGGCCUCAGAAGCAGCCCCCUAAAGCCAGAGGGGGGGACAGUAAAGUGAAGAUAGUGCCCGGAGAGGACGAGGGGACGGGGGAGAGACCGGAAAAACAGGAGGAGCAGGACGACAAGGAGGAUGACCAGGACCAGGACAACCCCGGAGCAGAGGAAGCCGAGAGCCUGCUCACCUCUCUGACGGGACAACCCCACUCCGAAGACGUGCUCAUGUUCGCCGUGCCCGUGUGCGCCCCCUACACCGCGCUCACAAACUACAAAUACAAGGUGAAACUGACUCCAGGGACACAGAAGAAAGGCAAAGCCGCUCGCACUGCAGUUCUGAAUUUCAUGAAGUCCAAAGAGGCGUCGCUCAGGGAAAAGGACCUCUUCCGCAGUGUUAAGGAUGCAGACCUUUCUAGAAACAUGCCCGGGAAAGUCAAAGUGUCCGCACCCAACCUCCUCGCUGUAAAGAAGAAAUGAAACACAAGUGUAUUCUUUUAAAAUAAACUAAAUUGUAUUUUCCUUUUUGUUCAUAAUAAAUAUAAUUAAAUCGCUGA